AGCUCUUUACUCUGCUUUAGUUAAUGGCGGAUUACCCUUUCGUCGCUUCGAUUGGAGUGGAAUAAUCAGCGGCAAGGGAGCAACGGCCAUACCAUAGUGCUAUCUUCCCCUUCUUUCUCCUCCGCGAUUUUCUUUCUGUAGAUGGGUUCUCUGGAGAAGAACGCCUCGCUAAAGCGAACAUCGCUGCUUAACUCUGCGAGCCAAUGCCGUUCGUUCUUCCACCGACCGAGAUCCAGACUUGCCCGCUUCCUUUUUCUCGUGAGGGUGGACUUUCUCCAAUGGAUUCUCACUGCAGCGGCGUUUUUCUUCGUUGUCAUUAUCUUCCAGACUUUCCUUCCCGGCUCCGUUUCGGAUAAAUCUCUUGCCAGAAGUAUUGUUGACGGGAGUCAUGAACCUUUACUGUUGGAUUUCCCGGAUUUGGAGUUCGGGGAGGGGAUACGGUUCGUGCCGGCCGAACUUCUGGAGAGGAUCGAGAAGGAGCGGAAAGAGGCGAAUUCUGCUUUAAUGGCGUUAGGAAGGCCACUGAAGCGGGCGGGGAUUAUAAAACCGCGACUGGCACUGAUAGUUGGAGGGCUUUCACCGGAUGCCAUGCAGCUGCAGAUGAUCAGCAUUGCUGCUGCUUUGAUGGAGAUGGGAUACGCGAUAGAG